AUGGAUGAAUACGAUUAUCUUUUUAAAGUUGUAUUAAUUGGAGAUUCUGGUGUCGGAAAAUCAAAUUUAUUAAGUCGUUUUACAAGAAAUGAGUUUAAUUUAGAAUCAAAAUCGACUAUUGGUGUAGAAUUUGCUACAAGAAGUAUACAAGUUGACGGAAAAACAAUUAAAGCACAAAUAUGGGAUACAGCUGGUCAAGAGCGUUAUCGAGCAAUAACAUCAGCAUAUUAUAGAGGCGCAGUAGGUGCUUUAUUAGUUUAUGAUAUUACAAAACAAGGAAGCUACGAUAGUGUUCAAAGAUGGCUUAAAGAAUUGUCGGAUCAUGCUGAUUCCAAUAUUGUUAUUAUGUUGGUUGGAAAUAAAAGCGAUUUAAGACAUUUACGAGCGGUAUCUACAGAAGAUGGUAAAAAUUUUGCUGCGGAAUGCAAGCUUUCUUUUAUUGAGACAUCAGCUCUUGAUUCAACAAAUGUUGAAGUUGCUUUCCAGACAAUUCUUAAUGAGGUAUAUCAAUCCAUGUCGACAAAAAAUACUGAUUCAAAUGAAUUAAUAACACGGCCUACUGAAGGACAAACAAUUAUUGUUUCAUCAUCUAAGGAAAAUACAAAGGCUGCUGGAAAAUGCUGUUAA